AUGGAUGACACAGAAAGAUAUGUAAUAAAGCGGGACAACUCCAGACAGCAAAUUUACCCUUACAAAAUCAAAAAAAGACUAGAAACACUUCUAGAUGGCCUUAACAAAGAAUUUAUCAACCUUGAUGUGAUCGUCAAAAAAGUUUCAGAAGGAAUCUACAAUGGCGUGUCUACCUCCCAGCUAGACAAUCUUGCUGCAGAGACUUGUGCUUAUAUGAAUAUUGUUCAUCCUGACUACUCCAAGCUUGCUGCUCGCGUUGCUAUUUCAAAUCUCCAUAAAAUGACCAAAACAAGCUUUUUUGAAAUAAUCCACGAUCUUUACACCUUGAAAGAAUCUCAGAACGAGCCUGCUCCUCUAAUUGCUACAGACGUAUAUGAAUUUAUCAAAGAAAAUCGCGCUAUUUUAGAAAAUUCUAUUGAUUUUUCUAGAGAUUUCACUUACGAUUAUUUUGGCUUUAAAACACUUGAAAAAAGCUAUUUACUCAAAAUAAAUGGAAAAAUCGUUGAAAGGCCCCAGCAUAUGCUUAUGCGGGUUUCUGCCGGAAUCCAUACGAAUGAUAUAGAGUCCACUAUUAUAACUUACAAUUUGAUGAGUGAGAAGUGAUUUACCCAUGCAACCCCAACCUUAUUCAACUCAGGAACCCCAAGGAACCAAAUGUCAUCUUGCUUCUUGAUGGCCAUGCGUGAGGAUAGCAUAGAAGGCAUCUAUGACACUUUAAAACAGUGUGCAAUAAUCAGUAAAUGUGCAGGAGGAAUCGGCCUAAGUGUUCACAAUAUAAGAGCCAGCAGUUCUUACAUAAGAGGAACCAAUGGAUCUGCAAAUGGCUUAGUCCCAAUGCUUAAAGUGUUCAAUGACACUGCAAGAUAUGUAGACCAAGGCGGUGGAAGACGGAAAGGCGCUUUUGCAAUUUAUUUAGAGCCUUGGCAUGCUGAUAUUUUUGAUUUUUUAAUGCUGAAAAGAAACACAGGAAAAGAAGAACAGAGAUCGAGGGAUCUGUUUUAUGGACUGUGGAUACCUGAUUUGUUCAUGAAAAGGGUCGAAAAUAAUGAAAAUUGGACUCUUAUGUGCCCUGAUGAAUGUCCUGGACUUUGUGAUGUAUGAGGAGACGAGUUUGAAGAAUUGUAUGUAAAAUACGAAAACAUGGGAAGAGGAAGAAAAAUAGUCCAGGCUCAGGUAGUUUGAUCAGCUAUUAUUGAUAGUCAAAUCGAAACAGGAGGCCCUUACAUGCUUUACAAAGACCACGUCAAUAAAUUUUCCAACCAAAAAAAUUUAGGGAUUAUAAAAUCAAGCAAUUUAUGCACAGAAAUAGUAGAAUAUACAUCAAAGGACGAAAUCGCUGUAUGCAACUUGGCUUCAAUUGCGCUAAAUAAGUUUGUGGUCAAUCGAGAAUAUUUUGACUUUCAAAAACUUUAUGAAGUGACUCAGGUUAUUACGUAUAAUUUGAAUAAAAUUAUUGAUAGGAAUUAUUAUCCAUUGCCUGAGUGUGAAAGAUCAAAUUUAAGACAUAGGCCGAUUGGAAUAGGAGUCCAAGGCUUUGCAGAUGCUCUGCUGUUAUUGAGAUUGCCAUUUGAAAGUUCGGAGACAAUGAUUCUUAAUAAACAAAUUUUUGAGACCAUUUAUUUUGCAGCCUUAACUGCAAGCAAUAAGCUUGCUCAGACUUAUGGGCCAUAUGAAAGUUAUGAAGGAUCGCCUAUAUCACAAGGAAUUCUCCAAUUCGAUAUGAGAGGAGUAAUUCCUUCACAUAAGUGGGACUGGGAUAGCCUCAGAUUAAAAAUUUCUGAGUUUGGGGUAAGAAAUUCACUUUUGGUAGCCCCAAUGCCUACAGCUUCAACUUCACAGAUUUUAGGGAACAAUGAGAGCUUUGAGCCUUAUAUGUCAAAUAUUUACGUAAGACGAGUUCUUGCUGGAGAAUUUGUAUGUGUAAAUCCUCACUUAAUAUCAGAUUUAGUCGAAAAAGGAUUAUGGACGCACAAUAUAAAGAACAAAAUCAUAGCGAAUAAUGGCUCUGUUCAAGAUCUGCAUGAAAUUUCUGAUGAUUUAAGAGCGCUUUAUAAAACAGUUUGGGAGAUCCCACAAAAAGUGCUGAUUGACUUAGCCAUUGGUAGAUCCCCUUUUAUUGACCAAAGCCAGAGUUUGAAUGUUUAUAUUUCUGAGCCUAGCUUUGGGAAACUGACAUCUCUGCAUUUUUAUUGUUGGAAAAGAGGAUUAAAAACUGGCAUGUAUUAUAUGAGGUCCCGAUCAGCUGCUGAUGCAAUUAAGUUCACUGUGGACAUCGAAAACCUUCUAAUAUCAAGCGGAUUUAACACGAAAUCGGCUGAUCCAUUCUUAAACGAUGAGAUGAUAUAA